CCGAUGUACAAGUAAGAGCGCGCAUCGACCUACUACCCUUGAACUCGAUCGAACAAGGACUCUGAUAGCUCCUUGCAUCGAUCAGGAAGUACGUAGCAAAUCCGAUACCUCUUAUACGAAAAUGGCCGAAACUGCCGAUCGACUCGAGCCGUUCCUGCUCAUGGCUCGUUCCACCAAAGGAGCGGCUGCUGCAAAGAUCGUUCAGACCGCUACGGCAGCCCCUGGUGUAUACGGGUUUGGAGAGCUGCUCGAUGUUCCCAAUAUCAAACAGCUUCAAGAAUCUCCUGAACACUCUUCCAGCUAUAAACUGCUCGAGCUGUUUGCUUACGGGAACCUAGCGGACUACAAAGCCAACCAAUCGGGAUUUCCUGCACUGAACGAAUCUCAUAUCAACAAGCUCAAACAUCUCACUCUCGUCUCUCUAUGUCUUGAUUCCCGAACAUUACCUUACGACCACCUCCUGCGUACCCUCGAGAUCGCUUCCGUGCGAGAUCUGGAGGAUCUGAUCAUCGAUGCGAUGUACAGCAACGUUCUCGGCGGAAAGCUGAAUCAGGAGCGCGGGACCUUGAGUGUGGACUGGGUGAUCGGGAGGGAUAUAUCGAGGGUCGGAGGCGGGAUGGAGGAGGUUCAGCGCAAGUUGGCGGCAUGGUGCGACAAUGCGCAAGGAAUCCUCAACUCGAUCGAUCGACAGAUCGCCAACGCAAAAGCCGAAUCCUCUCGAAACCGCCAAGUGAACGCCGAAUAUCUCGAUGUACGCGACAAAGCUUACAACACGAAGCUCGCCAGUCUUCAAGAUCGUCAGCAGGAUCGAGUUGGCGGCGGGACGUCCAGUUUUGUGACGACCAACCGGACUCAAUGGGGGUCGGGAUUCAACCCUUCUUUUGCUCAACCCCCUCGGGCUAGCGAGUUUGAGACGAUGACUGACAUGGGCGACGAUCCAGGCAGUCAGAAAGGAAGAAAGGCGGUUCAAGAAGAAGUGCCUAUGAAGAGACAGAAGAAUACUCAGACCCCGACCUGGAAUGAGAGUUGAGAUUGUGGAGCAGGAGCUGGAGAAGCGGGGGUGACGUUAGUAGUAGCAAGUAAUGGAGACCAUUGACGACCUUUUUACGAUUAUCGAGUGGGACGGACGGGCGGCUUUGUUUUCGCCUAUCGAUUUCACCUUGUACAUUUCCUGUUGCGAUACGCACAUAUGCGGACCAAAGAUGAUGUCGACGCCAAGUUUCAAUCGAGAACCACUUGAUCUCUUUCGCAU